CGUGUCCAUGACAGAACGAGCCUAACCGAGUCAAACCGAGUCGAGCCGAAGGACGAAUUCUGUUUUGCUCAAGACUAGCAGGGCUUGGUUUAUGAUUUGCUCAAUCCAGACACCCCCAUUGUACCUAUAUUUACAUUUACAUAACAUUCAAAUUCAGAAACGUCUGUAACAAACCAAAUAUUGUGAAAAUAGAUUUUAAAAAAGCCAAUCAUACACGAUUUUAUCAAGGUAGUCCCAGAUUUCCCCAUAGACUUGCAUUGACUCACAAUCGAAUGGAGCCCUUACCAAUAUGGCGGACAUGUUGACGUCUCGGACAAGCUAGCAACGUCGGCUAAUACGAAGUCUACUGUUUAGCUGUAUCAGUGCCUGGUAGCUGACUAGAUAUUUAGCUCGCGUGUAUGUCAUUUUAGUUAAGAGAUAAUGUGCUUAGUGAACUCUUUAGCUUAGUGAACUCUUUUAACAGUAGUAUAGUAUUGCAAUGUUUCGAUUUAUAUUGUAACCAUAUUAAGCGUACAAUAAAGUUUGGUGGAUUCAAAACAAAGAUGGCCGCUUCCAUGUACUACAAGGUGAUGUAGCGAAGUCUGCCUAUUUAUUGGUCAUUACUCAUUUUUACUGAUGGUUAAGAUACUCAUGAAAACUUUGCCAAAUCGGAGUACUAUCGAUCUGCAGUUGAGCAGCUAAACGAUCACUCCACGGCGAUGGCCAAUCUGGGAGCUCCUCCCUUAAAGAUCCACAACAUCCAUCUCACCGAUCGCUAUAAUCGCGUCGAUCACUCCAUCGCCCAGCUAAAAAUCCCUGUGACUGGAUCAAAGACAGGAGGCUACCUGUACACGACGUCCAUCAGAGACGCUAUUAUGAACAGGGUUGCGGUGGAAGGGGAAGGAAGACGUACACACUGGAUGGGACUUCAGUGCAUCACAGGAUCCAGAGCCAAUCCUGGUACCACUGGGCAUGAGGCAGGAAUACACCCUGGAUCUAUUGCGGAGCAAUUCUCAACUAGGGGGCAAUUUAAACCAGCCAGUUAUCUCGAAAGUGGAGCUCAAGAUUAAACCCCAGAGUUGUGAGGCACCAACAAUACCUGCUCCACCACAGUGCCACCAAUCCUUGUUAGGGUCACAGUGGAUCCUAUCCUCGGAAUACUGGGCAGCAUCACACUUUGAAUGGAGCAAUAAAUUUGUAAUUUUCAUUGAUAUUUUUCAUCAUCAUCUUUGUUUGCAUGGGGAAGAAUUGCUUUGGGAAUUUAAGGUUCUUUUUUUUCAAAGAACCUUCCUUUAAGAUUGAUUCACUGCUUCAAAUUGGUUUUGGGACAACUAUAAGUUCAAAGAUAACAAACAGGGGAUAUAUUCUGUUAUAUUCUGCAAGGUCAGUUUAAAAAGUUAUACCUUCACUAAGUUCAUUUUUAUUGUAAAAUAAUUCAUGAAGGCAAGAUUGAAGCUUGUCUCUGACCUCUGAAGCCACACAAAUCUGAUCUGAAAUAUUCCCCAGCUACACCCGUUUGGUGUCUGCAGGAACAAUACCAAGGUUGUGUGCAGAACUGAGGACAGGUGAGUGACAGCUGAGGCUAAAGGUUCACCUCCCCAUACACACCGAGCAGCUGCUGUGGCAUUAUAUACACCGAGAUCCUCACUCUGCAGCCAGCCAAGAGGACUCACUCCAACACCUUCUCUUUUAGCCGUAUUCCCACUUGAUAGCUUUCACUUGUUAUGACAUCUCUCCAGGUGGCACGGGUCGAGACCACGUGACCACACAGACCCACGUAAUCCCUGUUUGUCGACCUUUCUUCAAACUACACUGAAGUGGCAAGGGUACUUAGACAGAUUGCAGCUUAAGAGGAAGGUGCCUAUAGCGAGCGAGUGGUGGCUGUCAAAGCCUGAACUCACAGUGUCAGAUGGAGUGGUAAAAGUGAGGCACUUAGCUUCUUAUUUUGAAUGAAAUUUGGAUUAAAAUUGAUUUGGGACAAUAAAUAAAAUGGUUGGAAUCCAUUUUAUGGCACUAAAUACUUUGCCCGUUGCUGUACACUGAAAUUCUGAGUUCAAUGGAGCAUUGCAACAGAGAAUCCUCCAUGGCUUUGAAGAAAGUGGUGGACCUAGUGGUUCAAAUCCCAGGCCUAUCAGUUUUGGAACCACUGUUAAGCUUCAUCUCUUCGGAACCAUAUAAUCAUCAUCUCUGAGGGAUACGAAAUUAUCUUGUGGUGUUAUUGAGUCGCAAUUUUAUCCUGUAAAAGUUUAUGGUGUAAUAUUUGGAAAAGGUUAAUGCUUAAAUGUGCCAUUAUGACGUUCAGUUAGCUAAUCAGCUUGAGGUAAUAUUGUAUUAUACUGUUUUCUGUCCGUUAAUGUUUUGUUUAGGUUUUGCCAUCACCACUACCAUAUUUGUAGCUGUCCCGUGAGUUUUGUGUUGUCCUCCUAUUGGUGGAUUUCACACAAUUGUCAUAGUAGCACUCACACUCUGAGAUUGUAAUAAAAAUGUCUGUUUCUGCCAGAACUUUGUCGUUGGCCAUCUUUGCUCAUAGUGGCUGCCAAUGAGCUUGUUACAUUAUGCCUUUUAAGACCACUGAGCUUAAAUCAUGACCAAAGAAUUCUUUUACAAUUUUCAAUUUUUGCCAGCAACAGCAAAAUCUGGACAAAAAAAUCAUACAGCAUUAAAGGUGGAUUAAGUAUACACAAGACGAUUGGUAAUGGUCAGCCAGACUCUCUAGUUCUGGUACUUGAGCAACAACUGAAGUAGUAGUAGUAAAGUAGUAACAGUAGUACGGACACUGGACCUUCCAGUGUACCUGAGACUGAAGUUCAAUUAGAAGACUUUCAAAUCUGGGUUUGUGCAAGGCUGCAUGGUGACUAUGUCUAUUUCACAUCUAUUCAUUCCUUCAUUCAUUAAGUGCUUUAUCCUGGUCAGGGUUGUGGUGGAUCCACACCCAGAUCUCUAUGGGACACCAGGGCGAUAUAACUUAUUGACAUCAACAUAACGUAGUCGAUCAUAA